UAAGGGUACCACGUCAUGAAUCACAUGGCCAAAACCAAGUCUAAAGCAGAAAAAAUCACAAGGAAAAGAACUUUGACUAGUUUUUGACAUUUCUCUGGCGACUAGACAAGAUCAUGAUGAGCACGUUCGAGCUAGAUCUCGGCCUUUUAAAAGAACCACUGGGAUUUAUACGUGUACUGGAAUGGAUAUUUGCCAUAUUUGCUUUUGCAACAACCGCAGGUUAUUCUGGUUCAUCAAGUUUCAACAUCCAAUGCCAAGGCAGAAGUAGCCAGGAAAUAUCUGUAUCCUUUGGCUACCCUUUUAGGCUUAAUACCCAGAGUUACAAAGUCCCAACCUGCAAGGGCAAUGACACAUCGGUCGACACCAGACAACUGACUGGGGAUUAUUCCUCUUCAGCCGAGUUUUAUGUUGCUAUUGGAGUUCUGGCGUUCCUCUACUGCACUGCUACUCUUGUGUUGUACCUUGGUUAUCAACGCCUCUAUCGGGAGUCUCCUCGUGGCCCCAUUGCUGAUCUGCUGUUAUCUGGGAUAUUUACAUUUCUUUGGCUGGUGUCUUCAUCUGCCUGGGGAAGAGGCCUCACUGAUGUGAAAUGGGCAACCAGUCCAAAUACGCUUGUGUCCAUAACUGAAGUUUGUAAAUUAUCACAAACCAACAAGUGUGCUGCUGGGCACCUCCCUCUAAUGGGCCGCCUCAAUUCCUCAGUGAUCUUUGGAUUCCUCAACCUUAUCCUGUGGGCAGGAAACUGCUGGUUCAUUUACAAGGAGACACCAUUCCACAAGGGCCAUUCAGCCAGAGGGUGCCGGACAGCCUUAAUUAAACAGCAGGUCCCAUACACAUUCAUCGAGCAGGUGUUGCUACAGUAUUAAGGUGGUGCUACAUAAGACCCCAGCCAAUUGAUUUUAGGUGUCUACCUGAUGUGACCUGUGUCACAAAUCCGCCAAAGGUUUUUUCUAGUAUAUCUCCAUACCAUUCAAAUAAGGUCAAAUUUAAAUGAGCAUAUUACACACCUAUAGCAAAGCUGUAUAUUUAGUGAAAAAGCAUUGUUACAUUUUGAAGGUACAAGGGCACCUUAGCACAAACGUGUGUACAAAAUUGUUCCUUGUGAAAUGUUUUCACAGCUGUUAUUAAAAUGUAACAUUUCAUCUCUUUACUGUCACUGUUAAUUUUCUGAUAUCAUUUGAGCCUGUCACAGAAACAAAAUGUGAAACCGUUUAGUUGGCUCCUAUUUACUAAAUGAUAUUGUGAUUUGGAUAUAUACUGGUUUUGUAAUCGUUGUGAUGUUCUUUGUUUAUGGAAAUUGAAGUUGCACUGUAUAUGCUCAUGCUGUUCUGUUUUCACAUUUAGAGUGAUUAAAUGUCAUUUUUUUUUCCAACUGUGUGCCUUAUAACUUACACUGCAAAAAUGUUUACAUGUUAAACCAGGCAAGCAUGACUGUUGGUUAAAAAAAAUAAUAAUAAUUGCUGAUUUGUGUGUGUGUGUGUUUAACAAAGACUAGAGCCUUUUUAAUAAAAUGAUU